UCCUGUAGAUUGUUCUGAAACUACCAGGAAAUCAUUAACAAAGAGUCCUGUAGAUUGUUCUGAAACUACCAGGAAAUCAUUAACAAAGAGUCCUGUAGAUUGUUCUGAAACUACCAGGAAAUCAUUAACAAAGAGUCCUGUAGAUUGUUCUGAAACUACCAGGAAAUCAUUAACAAAGAGUCCUUUAGAUUGUUCUGAAACUGCUGGGAAUUCAUCAGCAAUGAACCCUGGGAUUAAGGACAGCAACUGCAACAAGUGCAGACUCGCCACUGUUCCUCCAGACGUCUAUGAACCUAUCAACUCAGAUGAAUUAUUUGGCAGUGGAGCUGAUGACGGGAAACAGACAGCAUUUACAGUCAGCAAACAUGAUUGUAAGCAGCUGUGUGGUCGGAAAUGUGUAGCUGAGUGUGAUCCGUAUUGCAUGACCUGUUGGGAAGCCUUGAAGCUACAGCCAGUGGAGCAGCAAGCAAGACUGACACAGCAUCCUCAAAGUGACCUUCAACCUGCAUGUAUUCCAUCUUCCUCUAUGGCAGGGUGUGAGAAGCCUGUGUCCAACUUGACCCUCCCUCUGUUACCUGGCUCCACAGAACAAGGUGACGGAACUAAAGCCAGUCCAAUGUCACAUGAUGAAAGUCAGCAUGGGAAGAAUCCUGAGUCACCACCUUCUGAAACAAGGUCAAGGAAAGGUGAUCCAGCUGAUCGUAAAAGGCCAGAAAAGAAGAAAAUAGGUCUGAAGUUUGUACCCCAGGAUAAAGCUGACUUCAACAAGGUCUGCUCCUCUGGUGUCAUCAUCUGCUUGUGGAAUAAGCACAACAUUGAUAAUGGAACACAUCCUCUGUUUGAGAAGAUUGGAGAGGUUAUUAAAACCAGUCGUCUUAAGGAAUUCAGAACAUGUCUACAACAUGACCAGGUGGUUGCCACUGAUGGAGGGAAAUCAACAGCUGCCCUUGUCGUCCACUGUAAAUACCACCCUGUGACCAGGAGACAGGUGGCCAGUGCCCUGGUCAGAUGCCUCGAGUUUGUUGAAGCGAGCAAGAAGAUAAAGACCUUAUUUCCAGUCAAGUUCUCUGAUGACCUUUGUGACAACCCAGAUGUGGUGAUACCUGCUCCCAUAUAUGCUAUAUCCAACAUCAGGAAGUCCACAAAUUACACACAGAACCUGGACAAGUUCUGCUUAUAUGUUGCCAAUGAGAGCAUUGCGACACAGUGGAAACAGAAGCAUCGGGAGAUACUGGAUGACAAGAAGAGCAGACAGCGUUCUCAAAGCAGACGUCAAAAAUGUCACAAAUGCAAGACAAAUCCAGCAUCGAAAUUGAAGCCUCUGCCUCUGUCUGGUUCAUGCAAGGAUGAGUGUGCUGUGUUUUGUAUCCAGUGCUUGCAGGAGGGACGACACAAUCAGCUUGACUGCCCCAACCACGGCCCAUGCUUCUCUCCUAUAGGUCACCAGAAUACAUUUGCAUUACUUGUCGCUGGGUACGACCAGACAGAAGAUGUGGCCAAAUUGUUUGUUGCUGAUGUGCGGGACAUGGAGAAGACAUUAUUGGACGAAGCUGUGAUUGGCAUCAGGAAAGAGAACAUCCAAGUCGUACAGACAGAAACUCCUGCAAAAAAGGAUGACAUGAAAACAAAACUCAUGGAUGCUUUCAAAUAUUUCCGAGAAAGGUUACGGAAAGACAAGGACCAUGCAAGGUUCUAUUUCUACUAUUCUGGACAUAACACAGACACAAAAGUUAAGAUGGGAGACAGAACAAAUGACAUUACUCCUAAGGAAUUGAAAGAGGAGCUGAAAAAGUUACAUGUUGAAAGCAUAAUCAUCAUCCUUGACUGUUGCUACAGUGCAGGAGUUGACGUGAUUCCAGACGACCACGGGGAGGACUUCAUGUCACUAGGCAGCUGCUCCAAGGAUGAUUCUGAGCCACUCUCAUACAUCCCCAGGUUAUGGAAUCUAGAGAGCAGCGAUGACUGCGGGGACAAGGGAGAUGAGAGAAAGGUAUACCAGUGGUCGUCUUCCAAAUGCAAAGAAAAAUCAUCAUACAACAGAGAGAAGGGUGGUAGUUUGUUUACGUUGUCGAUUGUGAAGGCAAUGAUGGGUUUGUGUCCUCUUGAGGAGGAUGCUUGUCAACAAUGUAAGGAGUUUGAAUUGGAGGUCAGGAAUCAACAUGGAGUUUUUCUGGAUGCAAUCAGAGCAACUGUAUGUUACCAUGUUAAGAAACUGGCCAGCAACAUAGACAAGAUUCAGAACCCAAUGCUGGACAGCAAUAAUGAUGAUGAUAUCCUCUUGUCAUUUCACACAUUCCCUUAGUGAAAGACAUUAUGAUUAACACUGACAGAGGAUGAUCCUGGAAACUUUGUUGUUUAGCGCCACUCGUCAACAUUCCUUGAAGUCUUGUUUAGAAUCUAGAAAACACAACCAGUGCCUGAUAUUAUGAGCAAUGCCGUGCAAUCAGCCAGGUCACCAAGUUUGAUGGCCGCUGCCAUAUACUUGGAAUAUUGAUGAGUGCAACAUAUAAAACAACAAACAAACAAAC